UAAAUGCGGUGACGGCUUGCCAUACCGUCUGUGGCCGUCAUGGAGGCGCAGCAGAGGCUGUAGCUGGGCAACAAACGCAGGAUCCCUCCGCUGCAUCGCCUCGUGUCACCAGGACAGGUCCACGACCGAACCGAACCGAACCGAGCCGAGCCGAACCAGCAGGAGCCGCCAAGAUGAAGCACUUCCUCCGAGUGGUGACCCAGUUCUUCGUCUUCCUCUACUGUAAAUGUCUGUGGCGAGGCCUGAAGUUCGUCACCAGGAAGUUUACGGGCCGCUGUGAGCUGCAGAGGAUCUGCUACGGCAACAAGCCGGGAGCGCGCAGGACUCUGAAGAUAGAGUCGUCCCUGCGUUACUCCAAGUAUGAGCUGCUGCGGUCGGCCCUCAGCGUCCAUCCUGACCAGGUGGAGAAGACCAUCGACGACAUCAUGGCCCUGAAGAAGAUCAACCCGGACACCAACCCGCAGCUGGGCGUCUCGCUGCAGGCCAGCCUGCUGCAGAUCGUGGGCUACCGGAGUCUGAUGGCCGAGGUGGAGAAGCUCCGCAGGGAGCCGUACGACUCUGAGAACGCCGAGCAUGAGAGCAUGCUGAUGAAGCUGUGGAAGGAGCUGCGUCCCGACACGCCCCUCACCGGACGCAUCUCCAAGCAGUGGUGUGAAAUCGGUUUCCAAGGCAACGAUCCCAAGACUGACUUCAGAGGGAUGGGCCUGCUGGGACUGCAGAACCUGCUGUAUUUUGCAGAACAUGACAGAGCCGCGGCGCUGCAGAUGCUCCAGGACUCACUGCAGCCAAAGCACAAUGAGCUGAACCAGCCUGACUGGGAGCAGAAGGUCCCUGACAAAGCCAUCGGAUAUUCGUUCGCCAUCGUGGGCAUCAACAUCACGGACCUGGCCUACUCGCUGCUGGUGAGCGGCGCCCUGAAGACCCACCUGUACAACGUGGCGCCGGAGAUGGCCGGCCUGCAGCACUUCCAGCAGAUCUUCUGUUACCUGAUGCAGGAGUUCCAGCGGUUCUGGAUCGAGGAGGAUCCCAGUGACAUCAUGGAGUUCAACCGGGUCCGCUCCAAGUUCCACCGGCGGAUCCUGCGGCAGCUGAAGAACCCGGACAUGGCUCUGUGCCCCCACUUCUCCGCCUCCGACCUCCACCUGGUCAACCUGUGACCCCCCGUCCCCCAGGCGACCUCCAGCGGGUCGGCGAAGCGUCACGCUGAUGGUUCCUCGACCCGCUGGAGGCGUUUCCCAGCUAGCGUCAUGGCGUCACUGCCAGCAGCUCACCGUCCCCGGCGCUCCGCCUGCUCCUGGUCGCCCUCAGGCCUCCACAUCGUCUGCAUGUCAGGCUGACACGUGUGUCCACAUGAAAACUCACAGCAACACCAGAACCUGGGCCAGCAGGUGGCGAGAAUUGACCGAAGAAGUAAAAAUAUCACACAGGAAGUUGAUCCUGAGAGUUCAGUGGAGCCCCGCCUAUUUUUAGUGUUCACCCAUUUUUCUGUGAGACGUAACUACAAAUAAUUCAUGGAUUGUUUUGUACAGUAAAAUCCUCGUAAAUUAUCACAAACAAAAUGCAAAUCAGCAUUUAUUUUCCUGGCUGCUGAUUGGCUUAACCCCUCAGAGCAGAGAGAUAAGGAAGACUGUAAAUGUUAGCUUCUGCUGUAGCGCUAGCUUGGUUUUUACUGUGCGUAUUAAUCCAUAUUCAGGUAUAUUUGAUGUGUGAAGUGUUAGAUUAGGCAGUUCUAAAUGUUUAGAGGUAUUCAGAUAUUUUCUCACGUCCUCUAACUGCGGGGCUCCACUGCAACUUAUCAUUCUCCCAAACGACGAAGCUAAUCUUUUAUUUGAAUUACUUUAAUUAGUGGCAGAGACGUGCAAGCGUCGCAAUGCAAACUCCAAAACACACAAACAACAAAAGCAAAAAAACAAAUGUGACGGAGAAACGCUGCCAACCCCCCCAAAAAACAAAAAACAAAAAUGAAGUCCUCCAGACCACUAGGGGGAGUCUGGAGUCUGUAAUGUUACCUGCCUAAUUCUACAUAGCACACCUUUUCAUUCUUCCUCCGUCUUUCACCUGGACAUCCCGUCUUUCUUUGUGUGUUUUGCUGUUUGCUGUGCAUUUGCACCUUGUCUUUGGCCAAAAACCACAAGCCAUUUCUCCUGCUGGCCUAGCGUGUUUGUUUUGGUUGUAUUUACCCAGAAUGCCCUGUGCUGCAGUCCACUUCCUGCUUUUGGAGCGGUCUGCAGUCCGCUUGGUGUUCUCAUAAGUAUUCAAACCGAUCCAGAGUUCACUUUAACCAAGCCCAGAUCGAGGUUUGGAGGACCAGAGUUAGCUUAGCGUUCACACCUCACCAACAGAACUGGACUUUAAACACAUUAAAGAACUUUAAAAAAAAAAAAAAAUCCAGAUUUUAGCACAGAUCUCUGUGGUCCACUUCAACAGAAAUAAGUUUAACAACAAAAAAUGCUCAGUUAGCUGUUAGCAUGUGGACGAGAAGUUCAAACACAGCAGAAAGUGUGGAAAGUAUCUGUUAGGGUGGAGUUAGCCUCGUGCUAAAGCCAGGUGCAGAUGCUAUAAUCUGGUUAUUUCCCUGAAUCAGUUUGAUCUUUCAGUCUCUUUGACCUUGAAUCAGUUUGACCUUUCAGUCAGUUUGACCUUCCCGUCUCAUUCACUGCCUCCGGCUGCAGCUCAGACCACCAGCAUCAGGACGACCUUGGCGAUUGUAGCUGCUUCUCUCCGUUUCAUCGUUGCUUUAAGGAAUCGUGUUGAUUGUAUCGCAGCCGUUUCACCUCAGACAUGAACAUUUUCAUCAUUUCAUCCGUAAAAGCCGUCUGUUGGGAUGUUGACGUGCCGUUAGCGACGCGUUUUGUGUUCAGAUGUUUCUGACGUAGUUAGAGGAAAAGCUCCUGGUGGUUUUAUGAACUUAAGGAGCUGCUUCACCUUGUAUCUGUAUUAUUGAAACUGCCAUAGAUUGUAAUUGACAUUUUCUGGACACUUGAACACGAGGGACGUCUUCUUGCCAAAAACACUCAGCAGCAGUUAGUUUGUAGCUCAAUAUUAAACACAAAACAACAACAAAAAAACGCUAAAUGGUGUUGAAAUAUUUCAAUAUGAAAGUUGAAUCACUUAUAAAUAUUUCACAUUUCAGAGUUUUUGCACAUUUUCUUCUGUUCUGAAUGUUUGAAUCUGUUUCAUUUCCUGAAUGUUUCUAUAGUUGUUUCAACCAAAGCAAUAAUUUCCUUUGGUUUCUGUAAACGCGCCGCGCGUGCCUGCUUGUUUCGCUUUGUGGGUCGGAGCUGAAGGUCAGGCUGCUGCACACACACCAAGAGGUCAAAGGUUAAACAAACCUGUUCUAGUCACCGUCUCUCCGGUGUGCAUAUCUUCAGAUAAGAUAUUUUAAAAAACGUGUUAAAAGUUAUCAAAUUAGAAUUUGUUAGAACUUAAACUAGUCAAGCUGUCAAAUCUACAAUAGUCCUUAAUGCAAAUACUAAACAUUCAAUCAGAUGGACGUUAAGAUAUUAAAAGUACUUUUUGAAUAUUUAAACACAGAGAUCCAAAGGUCUAUUAAGAGCAAAAAAUAAAAACUUAAUAAAAUGUAAGGAUAAGUUUAACUGGGUCACUUUCUUACUUUAUUUUGUUUAUUUACUCUGGAGGAACGUAGUUUUAACUGGAACCAUGUAAAUAAGAUAAAUCAGGACUUCAGAGUUAAAGUUUAAUCAUGUUCCAAAGUGAUAGCUUGGUGGUCACGUGGAGCUGUUAGCAGUCAGUAUCUUACCUGCAGCAGAUGGAAAUGUUAGCUUGACUCGCCAAGUUUCUCCAAACUGAAUCUGUUUAUUUCUCCAGAAAUCAUUAAAAACAAAAAAACUAAAUUAAACAUUUAAAUCUUUAUACUUUCACUACUGGGUGUCAGAAACAACCAAAGAUUGUUAAACCUUUCAGUUUAUUUUUUACAUUUCUCAUCUUGAUAUUUUUAUGACCCUUCAGCUUUGACAGUCAUUAAUCUGAAAUAAUAAAUGAGUUUUAUUCAGACUAAAGAGUCGUAAACGUCCCGUUUAUUGGCUCAGCAGCAGUUUGAUUGUCUCAGCUCUAAGUUGCUCUAAGUUGCACAUUUCCUUUAAGGUCGUUGCUUUGCUUUAAUAUUCAUCACCACGGUGUGAAAAUCCUUAAAAUGUACAGCAUCAAUGUUUACUGCCACUGCUGGUUGUUUGGGUCGAGUUGAAGCUUUUAGUCGGUGUUUAGCAGCCGCUGAAUGUUUCUGAUUUCACCUCGUUCUGCCGCCUUGCUUUGCUCCAAACUAUUUUAGGUUAAUCUGGUAAUCUGUGGCAUUCCACUGUAAUCUAGAUGAAUUUAGGCUCCAGUAUUCUGCUUUAAUCUGCAUGGAUGUUUUCAUUCUGUAUGCUUCACUAAAGUACUGUAACGGUAAUUGUAACUGUGGAUUUAAUUUGUCUGUGCUGUACUUUUAGAAACAUUAAUAAAAAUUAAAUGUCAGUUAAA